AUGGAGUUUAGAUGUCUCCUCUUUGUUCUUAUUUCUUCUUCGGUGGUGCUCAUCACUCAAUCUGACACGACCACUAAAGGUAUGGUGAAAUUUUAACCAUUGAUAGAUGACAUCGCACAAAUUGCCUUCACUUCACACAGUAUUUUCCCGCACAAGUGUUAUGACUGGUUUACUCAAUCGUUUUGAAGCUGAAAACGAAUGUGAGAUUCUUCUGUUGGUGUUCAGUGGAUCUUUUAUCAGAAAGUAUAUGGAAAACAUAACAUAAAGCAUAAUCAAGGUAGUAUUUUAUAAAUAAGGUAGUAUUUCAGUAGAGAUUUAGAAAUAUUCCUGUCAUUUGGAGGUCAAACCAGGGAUACACAUCUCUAAUCCUUCCAGUCUGGCUGGCUCUCAACUCUCCUUGGCGUUUAAUUGGUCCAUUAAUAAUAAUAAUAAUAAUAAUAUGCCAUUUAGCAGACGCUUUUAUCCAAAGCGACUUACAGUCAUUCGUGCAUACAUUUUUGUGUAUGGGUUAAUGACAUUGAUUGGGCUUAAAGAGUCCACAACACACUGGGUCUUCCUGAUCUAAAUCAGUUACUGAUUAAAAAGGAAGGAUAAAAGCCUGGGUACGUUCCAAAUGGCACCCUAUUCCCUAUAUAGUGCACUUCUUUUGACCAGGGCUCUAAGAAAUAGGGUGCCAUUUGAGAGUCCUCUAGAAGCAGAGCUGUGCGUCUCUGGGUUAAGUCUGAGUGUUGAUUGUGGGUCCAGCACUAGUCACCUCUUAUCUCCUCAGGUCUAAUCUAUCAGUGGUGAGGCCAGAGCCUGAUCCAACUGCAACCCCUUCUACUAGCACCUUUAGUUUUUACAGAGCACAUAGAGCUGGAUAGGUGUGAGCAGCCAUGGCAGAAGGUCCCCUGUAAGCCCAUUGGAAGGUUAGACCUAUCACUAUUUCACUCACUUGUUUUUGUGUGUGUUUUUGUCGUCAUCAGACCCUGACUGGAGUGAUGUCGUCGUGACAAUGGUUGGCAGGGCAGUCACCUUACCCUGUGUUGAUUGGCCUCUCACUGGUUCUGUGAACAUUAAUUGGAAGAUGAAGUCUCCCGGCGUAGACCAUUGGAAACUGGUCCUCUCGGCCAAUGAGAGGCAGCAGUUCUCGGGCGCAGCCUCAAAGGCUUCCAUGCGAUUGGUUGACUCACACUUUCAGGAAACUGGGGACUUCUCUCUGCUGUUCAUCCCCAAAAUGGAGGACAAGGGUCGCUACUCCUGUCUGAUUAAACAGCAAGAGAAGAAACUGAGAGAGAAGAUCAUACUAUUAGCCGUCCUCACAGGUAUAGAACUGUGGUCCUGUACACAAAACAGGCUACCGCUACAGUAUGUUCAUAUACAUGUAAUACACAGUUGUGAUGGUAUUGAUAAAAAUAUUGUUUAUAAAUAAUGUAUUUAUUUGGCACAAUCAGGUCAGACUGUAGUAGCAAUAGUCCACAUGUUUUCUAUCUCUUAUAUCCUUUCUCUUAUUUCCUACCUCCUUUCUCCUAUUUCCUACCUCCUUUCUCCUAUUUCCUACCUCCUAUAUCGGUCCCAGUCUCUAUGUUUCCUUCAGCCACUCUCCCUCAAAACAGCACACUGCGUCUGAUGGCAGAAGUGUCCCCCGCCUCCGCCAUUUCCGAGGUAACCUGGCUGUCGCCCGGCGGGACGCCCCUACGAUUGUCAAGGAGGUCAGGGGGGGUGGUCGCCAAGCUUCCCCAGAUACGCCUCACUGACCAGGGGGUAUACAUCUGCCAGGUGUACCCGAGGGGUAACAGCAGCACCGCUCUGUUCCCCUUCACUGUGGACGUCCUCGUGGAUGGUGAGAUAUGACGGGAGGGGGAGAGGGGAGGAAAGGGUGUAGUGCCAUAAUUGGAAUCUGGGAUGAAUCUCAAUACUCCAAACAAAGCAUUCUAUUUACGUCGGCAUUGUAUUGGCGUUGUUAUAUACAGUGCAUUCGGAAAGUAUUCAGACCCCUUGACUUUUUCCACAUUUUGUCACGUUACAGCCUUAUUCUAAAUUGAUUAAAUCAUUUUUUUCCCUCAUCAAUAUACACACAAUACCCCAUAAUGACAAAGUAAAAACAGGUUUAGAUUUUUUUGCAAAUGUAUUAAAAACACAAAACUGAAAUAUGACAUUUACGUAAGUAUUCAGACCCUUUAAUCAGUAUUUUGUUGAAGCACCUUUGGCAGCAAUUACAGCCUUGAGUCCUCUUGGGUAUGACGCUAUAAGCUUGGCACACCUGUAUUUGGGGUGUUUCUCCCAUUCUUCUCUGCAGAUCCUCUCAAGCUCUGUCAGGUUGGAUGCACAGCUAUUUUCAGGUCUCCCUAGAGAUGUUAGAUCGGGUUCAAGUCCAGGCUCUGGCUGGGCCACUCAAGGACUGAUGAGGAUUUUUCAGUAAACUAUGAGAUAAACAAGGUUAAUCACAAACAUAACGAACAUGGAGUCAGAAUUAAACAUGGGUACUCUGUUGCUGGGCAAGAACUUAAUUGGUUCCUUUCACUGGGUUUGUGUGUGUGUGAAAUGGGGAUCUGACCUCGGGUCGAAUUCCUCGCUCUUACCUAAUCCACGGCUGUCCUACCUUAUCAGAGACUGAAACCAGACUGUUGCCUUUUGCCUCUCUCCUCAAACAAAGUCCUGAGAGCGGAGCCGGAGUUGAACAGAGUUCAAACAAAUCAUGAGUAAUUACAGCAUGACGGGAAGGAAGAGAGGAGUAGUUGGGUUUGGGUAUGUUUGAGAGAUUGAGUGUGGACCUGCCAUGUCCAACAAUUAAUCUCCAGGUCAAGCCAGGGUGAGCCGGGGUUGAACAGAGUUUAAACUGAACAUGAUUAUCUUUGCAUGGCAAGGGCUUGAUUGAUUGAACUACUAUUGUUUCUAAACUGAAUAGUAGUCAAAUUUAGCCGCUAUCAUAGACUAAGGAAGUGGGCGGAGCGGUCGUGAGGGGGAUACUGAGGAUAGUGGUGGGGGAACCCAAGAGGGAGGGGCUUUAAGCUGAGAUGUGGGAGAUGGACAAGGAGAUGCUUUGCAAAUCACCUCGGCUUUGUUUAUUUGUAAUAAAGUCUAUCUUAAUUGUACAAAAACUCUGAAAUACUUUGGUUCUUUGAUUAGUAUAAGGACGAAAUUUGCCAUAUCAGGACAAUGACACUUUUCCUGAAGCCACUCCUGCAUUGUCUUGGCUGUAUGCUUAGGGUUGUUGCUGCAUACAGCCAAGACAAUGCAGGAGUGGCUUCAGGAAAAGUGUCAUUGUCCUGAUAUGGCAAAUUUCGUCCUUAUACUUCACCCCAGUCUGAGGUCCUGAGUGUUCUGGAGCAGGUUUUCAUCAAGGAUCUCUCUGUACUUUGCUCCAUUCGUCUUUUCCUCGAUUCUGACUAGUCUCCCAGUCCCUGCCUUUGAAAAACAUCCCCAUGCUGCCACCACCAUGCUUCACCGUAGGGAUGGUGCCAGGUUUCCUCAAGACGUGACGCUUGGCAUUCUGGCCAAAGAGUUUAAUCUUGGUUUCAUUAGACCAGAGAAUCUUGUUUAUCAUGGUCUGAGAGUCCUUAAGGUGCCUUUUGGCAAACUCCAAGCAGGCUGUCAUGUGCCUUUUACUAAGGAGUGGCUUCCAUCUGGCCACUCUACCAUAAAGGCCUGAUUGGUGGAGUGCUGCAGAGAUGGUUGUCCUUCUGGAAGGUUCUCCAAUCUCCACAGAUGAACUCUGGAGCUCUGUCAGAGUGACCAUUGGGUUCUUGGUCACCUCCCUGACCAAGGCCCUUCUCCCCCGAUUGCUCAGUUUGGCCGGGCGGCCAGCUCUAGGAAGAGUCUUGGUGGUUCCAAACUUCUUCCAUUUAAGAAUGAUGGAUGCCACUGUAUUCUUGGAGACCUUCAAUGCUGCAGAAAUGUUUUGGUACCCUUCCCCAGAUCUGUGCCUCGACACAAUCCUGUCUUGGAGCUCUACGGACAAUUCCUUCGACCUCAUGGCUUGGUUUUUGCUCUGAAAUGCACUGUCAACUGUGGGACCUUAUAUAGACAGGUAUGUUCAUUUCCAAAUCAGGUCCAAUCAAUUGAAUUUACCACAGGUGCACUCCAAUGAUGUUGUAGAAACAAAUCAAGGAUGAUCAAUGUAAACCGGAUGCACCUAAGCUACAUUUCGAGUCUCAUAGCAAAGGGUCUGAAUAAGAACCCUUCCCUUUUCCACAUUUUGUUACGUUACAGCCUUAUUCUAAAAUGGAUUAAAUAAAUAAAAAAUCCUCAUCAAUCUACACACAAUACCCCAUAAUGACAAAGCGAAAACAGGUUUUUAGAAAUGUUUACAAAUGUAUUAAAAUAAAAAAAACAGUAAUACCUUAUUUAAAUACAGUACCAGUCAAAAGUUUGGACACACCUAGUCAUUCCAGGGUUUUUCUUUAUUUGUACUAUUUUCUACAUUAUAUAAUAAUAGUGAAGACAUCAAAACUAUGAAAUAACACAUAUGGAAUCAUGUAGUAACCAGAAAAGUGUUAAACAAAUCAAAAUAUAUGUUAUAUUUGAGAUUCUUCAAAGUAGCCACCCUUUGCCUUGAUGACAGCUUUGCACACUCUUGGCGUUCUCGCAACCAGCUUCAUGAGGUAGUCACCUGGAAUGCAUUUCAAUUAACAGGUGUGCCUUGUUAAAAGUUAAUUUGUGGAAUUUCUUUCCUUCUUAAUGCGUUUGAGCCAAUCAGUUGUGUUGUGACAAGGGUGGGGUGGUAUACAGAAGAUAGCUAUAUUUGGUAAAAGACCAAGUCCAUAUUAUGGCAAGAACAGCUCAAAUAAGCAAAGAGAAAUAUAAUAUAAUAUAAUAUAAUAUAUAAUAAUAUAAUAUAAUAUUUAGCAGACGCUUUUAUCCAAAGCGACUUACAGUCAUGCGUGCAUACAUUUUUUUUUUUUGUGUAUGGGUGGUCCCGGGGAUCGAACCCACUACCUUAGCGUUACAAGCGCCGUGCUCUACCAGCUGAGCUACAGAGGACCACAGAAAUGACAGUCCAUCAAUACUUUAAGACAUGAAGGUCAGUCAAUCCGGAAAAUUUCAAGAACUUUGAAAGUUUCUUCAAGUGCAGUCACAAAAACCAUAAAGCGCUGUGAUGAAACUGGCUCUCAUGAGGACCACCACAGGAAAGGAAGACCCAGAGUUACCUCUGCUGCAGAGGAUAAUUUCAUUAAAGUUACCAGCCUCAGAAAUUGCAGCCCAAAUAAAUGUUUCACAGAGUUCAAGUAACAGACACAUCUCAACAUCAGCUGUUCGGAGCAGACUACGGGAAUCAGGCCUUCAUGGUUGAAUUGCUACAAAGAAACCACUACUAAAGCGUCUGCUAAAUGGCAUAUUGUUAUUAUUAUUAUUAUUAUUAUAAAGGACACCAAUAAGAAGAAGAGACUUGCUUGGGCCAAGAAACACGAGCAAUGGACAUUAGACUGGUGGAAAUCUUUCCUUUGGUCUGAUGAGUCCAAAUGUGAGAUUUUUGGUUCCAACCGCUGUGUCUUUGUGAGACGCAGAGUAGGUGAACAGAUGAUCUCCGCAUGUGUGGUUCCCACCAUGAAGCAUGGAGGAGGAGGUGUGAUGGUGUGGGGGUGCUUUGCUGGUGACACUGUCGGUGAGUUAUUUAGAAUUCAAGGCACACUUAACCACUAUGGCUACCACAGCAUUCUGCAGCGAUACGCCAUCCCAUCUGGUUUGCCCUUAGUGGGACUAUCAUUUGUUUUUCAACAGGACAAUGACCCAACACAGCUCAAGGCUGUGUAAGGGCUAUUUGACCAAGAAGGAGAGUGAUGGAGUGCUGCAUCAGAUGAUGCUUCUGAUAGUGGUGUCAGCAUUCUGUGAGGACAGACGCUGGGAGACGAGAAGCAGGUACAGGGAGUGAAUAUUUAAUAUAAACAGACAUGAAACAAAACACGGACAGCGUCUGGACAGGGGAAACAUAACGACAUUAAUGCUGACACCAGAAUGAAACUGAGGAAGUGACAGAUAUAGGGGAGGCAAUCAAUGACGUGAUGGAGUCCAGGUGAGUCCGAUGAAGUACUAGUGCGCGUAACGAUGGUGACAGGUGUGCGUAAUGAUGAGCAGCCUGGCGCCCUUGAGCGCCAGGGAGGUGGAGCGGGAGCAGGCGUGACAAAGGCAAAGGGUGGCUACUUUGAAGAAUAUAAAAUAUAUUUUGAUUUGUUUAACACUUUUUUGGUUACUACUUGAUUCCAUAUGUGUUAUUUCAUAGUUUUGAUGUCUUCACUAUUAUUUUACAAUGUAGAAAAUAGUACAAAUAAAGAAAAACCCUUGAAUGAGUAGGUGUGUCCAAACUUUUGACUGGUACAGUAUGUAAAUAAGGUAUUACUGUUUUUUAUUUUUAAUACAUUUGCAAACAUUUCUAAAAACCUGUUUUCGCUUUGUCAUUAUGGGGUAUGUUGUGUAGAUUGAUGAGGACAUUAUUUUUAUUUAAUCCAUUUUAGAAUAAGGCUGUAACGUAACAAAAUGUGGAAAAGAGAAGGGGUGUGAAUAAUUUCAGAAUGCACUGUAAUUGACAAUUAUUUAUAUGUGCUCCCACUAUAACCACUGCUUCCACGCUAACCCAAAUGCUUUAUGUCUCUCCCUUUAUCUCUCUCAAUCCCUUGUUCCCUCUCUGUCGUUCUCCCUCGCUCUCCCUCCCUCUCCCUCGCUUUCUCUCUCUCUCUCUCUCUCUAGGUAUGAAUGUGGCCUCGUUCACCAAUAUAAGCCAUAGUGAGUGACAUCACAGUGUACAGUAUACUCUAGUCUAGCUAAAGCACAGAGCCAGCAGCCUCUGGAUCAAGCAGCACAAUGCAAACUAACCUUACUGAGGGACCAGCUCUCUCUCAGAAACAUAACAACAUAAUCCCUAAUGUCGCUGUGCACCUCUCUCUCUCUCUAUCUCUCUCUCUUUCUUUUCUUCUGUCUGUUCUGUUCCUCUCUCCACGGCCACCUCUGUCACUCAUCCUACUCUCUAUAUCUCUCAAACCAUCCCCCCACCACUCUCUCUCUCUUCUUAUCUCUCAUGUUCUCUCUCUUACUUACGCACCUCUCAUUCUCUUUCGCUCCCCCAUUCCCCGCUUUCUCUCUUUCUCUCUCUCUCUCCCUCCCCCUCCCUCUCCUCUCCACCUCCCUAGGUCCUCAGAUCUCUAUGGCCAGUCUCACCCAGACCCCUCUCACCCUUGCCUGCCCUCCGAUGCGGGGAGACUAUGUCCUGCUCUACUGGCAGCCCCCAGACAGCAGAAAGCCCAACGCCACAACCCUGGUCUACGGGUACGACCGCUGGAGGGACCGCACAGAGCAAAGCAAGGUACAACCAGAAGAGGAUGUGUGUGUGUGUGUGUGUGUGUGUGUUCAUGCUUGCGUGCGUGUGAACUGGGUUCCUCUACAGGUUUCUUAUUUCGAAGGGGUUUUCCUGGACACUGUGCUUCUGUUUCUGCCUGCUCCAAGGGGUCCAGGCCGGGUUACUGUAAAAACACUGUAUGACAACUGCUGAUGUAAAAAGAGCCUUCAUAAAUGAAUGUGUUUGAAUGAAUUUGAUUGAUCUAGACUCAUGCCCACCUGAGCCUGGAUGGGCCAUUGUCUACCCCAAAAGAGGGUUUCUUCUCCUUCCUGCUGAGCCCAGGGCUGAACGACGGAGGCCUGUACAUGUGUGAGGUGUUCCUCAAUGACAACGUGUUCAGCCAGAGGACCCUGCUUAGCAUUCUCCAAGGUACUGAGGGGAAGAGGGAGGAGAGAGGGAUGAAAGAGGGAGGAGAGAGGGAGGAGAGAGAGAUGAGUGAAGAGAGAAGAGUGAUGUAUUUAUGUCUGCUAUAGAGAUAUCAGUAUUAAUAAAAACAAAGACUAAAAAUACUAUCCAACUCCCACACACACACACACAUACGCACACACCCGUCUGUCCAUUUUCGCAGCCUUGGAAGGAUUUAAUAAUCAGUGUCCCUCUGGGAGCCAUCUCAGCUGCCCAGACAUGACCAAGCGAUCUGUCACUGUCACCCUGCUCCACACGUCUGUCACAGACAUACACAUACAGCCCUGCGGACCAAUGUAUUUUUAACCUGCCUCAUUAUGGGUGUAAUUAUGUAUGAUUAUACCUGCCACACUCCCGCCAGGCUGUGGGAGGCACACAUUAAACACUGUAAUCACGGACAGAGACGUGUGUGUGUGUCUGUAGGGCUUGAUUACACCCAGAUUGAUCCUCAUUGGGGUUUGAUGAGACAUGGGGCAUCAGUCACCCUUAGGCGGCACAUUAGAAGCAAUUCUGUGUAAUGAAUAUAUAUUAUUUUGACCCCUCUCUAAUUCACUUAUUGUUUUUUUUCCUAUCUCUCCUUGCCCCCCUUCUCUAUUUGUCCCCUGACUUCCCCUUUUAUUGGUACUUCCUUCACUCUCUCCUUAUCCCUACCCCACAUUGUCUUUCUCUUUCUAACUCCCUUGCCCUCCACUCUCUCUCCUCUCCUUCCCCCUUUCUCCCCAUCCAUCCAUCCCAGUGAAAGCCAGACAUUAUCCAUCAGUCCUGGUUCUGACGUGUCAGUAUACAGAGCGCUCCCAGGUAGGUAACCAUCCCCUGACUGGCAACAUUCAUCCCUCAUCUCUUCACUGUGAUAGUUAGCUGAUGUGUGGUGAGCUUUCAGGCACAAAAUGGCUCCUUGAGCACCUGGGCUGAGUUCAUUAGGCACAAAACGGAAAACUGACUGAAACAGGGAACGACUACCUGGACUUGUCCAAUUAGAAACACACAUUUUAGUAUUCUGUUGUAAGUUUUCUAUUGCAUAGUGCCCUAAUGAACACGGCCCUGGUGUAUAAAGAACAUGCUGUACAGUCGUGGUCAAAAGUUUUGAGAAUUACACAAGUAUUGGUCUUCACAAAGUUCGCUGCUUCAGUGUUAUGAGAUAUUUUAGUCAGAUGUUACUAUGGUAUACUGAAGUAUAAUUACAAACAUUCCAUAAGUGUCAAAGGCUUUUAUUGACAAUUACAUUAAGUUUAUGCAAAGAGUCAAUAUUUGCAGUGUUGACCCUUCUUUUUCAAGACCUCUGCAAUCCGCCCUGGCAUGCUGUCAAUUAACUUCUGGGCCACAUCCUGACUAGUGGCAGCCCAUUCUUGCAUAAUCAAUGCUUGGAGUUUGUCAGAAUUUGUGGGUUUUUGUUUGUCCACCUGCCUCUUGAGGAUCGACCACAAGUUCUCAAUGGGAUUAAGGUCUGGGGAGUUUCCUGGCCAUGGACCCAAAAUGUUGAUGUUUUGUUCCCCGAGCCACUUAGUUAUCACUUUUGCCUUAUGGCAAGGUGCUCCAUCAGGCUGGAAAAGGCAUUGGUCGUCACCAAACUGUUCUUGGAUGGUUGGGAGAAGUUGUUCUCGGAGGAUGUGUUGGUACCAUUCUUUAUUCAUGACUGUGUUCAUAGGCAAAAAUGUGAGUGAGCCCACUCCCUUGGCUGAGAAGCAACCCCACACAUGAAUGGUUUCAGGAUGUUUACUGUUUGCAUGACACAGGACUGAUGCUAGCGCUCACCUUGUCUUCUCCGGACUAGGUGUUUUCCGGAUGCCCCAAACAAUCGGAAAGGGGAUUCAUCAGAGAAAAUGACUUUACCCCAGUCCUCAGCAGUCCAAUCCCUGUACCUUUUGCAGAAUAUCAGUCUGUCCCUGAUGUUUUUCCUGGAGAGAAGUGGCUUCUUUGCUGCCCUUCUUGACACCAGGCCAUCCUCCAAAAGUCUUCGCCUCACUGUGCAUGCUGAUGCACUCACACCUGCCUGCUGCCAUUCCUGAGCAAGCUCUGCACUGGUGGUGCCCCGAUCCCGCAGCUGAAUCAACUUUAGGAGACGGUCCUGGCGCUUGCUGGGCUUUCUUGGGAGCCCUGACGCCUUCUUCACAACAAUUGAACCUCUCUCCUUGAAGUUCUUGAUGAUCCGAUAAAUGGUUGAUUUAGGUGCAAUCUUACUAGCAGCAAUAUCAUUGCCUGAAGCAAUGAUGACGGCACGUGUUUCCUUGCAGGUAACCAUGGUUAACAGAGGAAGAACAAUAAUUUCAAGCACCACCCUCCUUUUAAAGCUUCCAGUCUGUUAUUCUAACUCAAUCAGCAUGACAGAGUGAUCUCCAGCCUUGUCCUCGUCAACACUCUCACCUGUGUUAACGAGAGAAUCAUGGCAAAGAGGGACUUUGCAAUUAAUUGCAAUUCAUCUGAUCACUCUUCAUGACGUUCUGGAGUAUAUGCAAAUUGCCAUUGUCAAAACUGAGGCAGCAGACUUUGUGAAAAUUAGUAUUUGUGUCAUUCUCAAAACUUUUCACCACGACUGUAUAAACACAAUCCACCAUCCUCCAUCCACCAGGUGAAGCGGGUGGUGUGGAGCCACCAGAACCAGAGUCGCACGCUGAAGUGGAGCUCCUCUGGCCCGGGUCGCCUCAGCACCGAGGUCCCCCUGUCCCCCACCCAGGACACGGCUGGGAACUACACCUGCACCAUGCAGCUGAGGAACGGACAGGCGGUCAAGGCUGUUUACACCGUCAUACUGCCCCCUAAAGGUGGGGAGAACCAAACUGUCCAACUCCCAAAACAAACAUGGAUAGUCGAGGUAGACUAGAGAUUGGGUCUUUAGAUCUAAGAUCAGCUUACCCUCUCCUAAUGAUAACCAUAAUCAGUAGUGCUAAAAAUGCUAAACUGUUCUCAGGUCAGUGUCAACUAACUGUACCUAGCAGGACCAACAUGUUUGUCCAAAUAAGUUCCUUUACAAUGCUUCCUUUCCUUCUUGCUAUCAUCUUAUCCUUUAUUCCUCGCACCCACCCAGUCAGUUCCAGCUGGGGACUGGGCCGGUGUGUUAGAAAUGCCAGGGCCGAUUUCUGGUCCCAGUCCGCCCCUGGUCAGUUCCCAUCAGUGAUUCUCAUCAGUGAUUAACAGAGAAGUUGUAAAACCAGGAAGUUAUGUAACUCAUCUGUUUGUAUGGUUCCAUUUGAGACCUUUAAAUAUACUUUGCUCUUUAACACCCUUAUAGCCAACACCACUAUAAUCAUUAUGACCAAAUAGGGACUCAUCCAUGUUCACUGAACAUGAACAUCCUCUAUCAGUGGUCCCCAACAGCACACAUUUUUGUUGUAGCCCCGGACAAACAUAGCUGAUUCAACUCUUUGAGGGCCUUAUGAUUAAGUUGCCAAGUUGAAUCAGGUGUGCUUGUCUGGGGCUACAAUAAAAAUGUGUACUGUUGGGGGUACUAGAGGACCGGAGUUGGGAACCACUGCUCUAGAUCAGUGGUUCCCAACCUUUUUUGGUUACUGUACCACCAACUGAAUUCUGCUUUGGCCAGAGUACCCUUGAAGUACCCCCUCAUGUGCAUUGUACCAGUAAGCCUAUGGUCUCAUGAUCCUUCUCAAGUACCCCCUGUGGAUAGGCCAGGUACCCCCAGGGGUCCUAGUACCCCUGGUUGGGAACCACUGCUCUAGAUAAUAAUCCCUUCCCAAUAGAGAGAAGUGAACAGCAGGUAAGCUCAGCUGCUAAUCCAUUAGCUAUGUAAACACACCUGCCUGUGUUUAUCUAUCUCUCCUCUCCUCUCCCGUGGCUCCUGUCCUGCAGUGCUGGAUGUGUGCCCACUCCAACCUCAUCUCGUUAUCUCCAGAGACCUGUUGUGAGCUAAGCAAUCAGCCCAGAAAUGGAAUAGGCAGGAUGCAUUCUAAAUUCCAAUUCUAAAUUCCACAUAAACUUUAAAUGUUCCACAAUAUGGUAGUGAGAAUAACAAGAAUUGUACACAUAUAGAAGACAGAGAAAGGCACUGAAUUCUGCGUGCCAAGUAUUGACUGAAGAAAACUUCCACAUGACACCCAAUAUGUCCCAUGUCUGAUCCAUCCACACACCCCAGAACAUUGCUUUGAAUGGGAGUUAAAUUGUCUGUUUCAUUCCAUUCUAUCCUAUUCUACAUCCUUAACCCAUUGUUCUGUUGCUUAUCACAGCCAGACAGGUUGACCUGAAGUUGCACUACAACCACUAUAAAACGCUUCACAGAGCACUGACCUUGUAGUCCUGCCUGCCUUCCUGCCUGUGUGCCUGCCUGCCUGAGUUUAUUCACAUUCAUUGUAUCUGAGGAAGCACACAAAGCAACAGAAGGAUCUGACAGUUGAAUGAAUCUCGUUAUGAAGAUGAGCUCCCUACCAAUACCCCCAUACAUCACUGAUACCGAGGAGCCAUGAUGAUGACACACAACAAAGCAAUGCUUUAACAAGAGUAAUGGAUAUGCAAAGGAAAGUAGGGAGGGAGGGAGGAAGGGAGGAAGUUGGGAGAAGAGUGAAAGGGGAAGGAGAGAGAGAGAGCAAGAUGGGAGGAAAGAAUAGUGGAACAGAGGGGAGCAAAGGUUUAUUAUAGUAUAAAUACUGUAGUAUUACUAUAGUUCAAAAACCAUAGUAUAUACUAAAUUAAUUACUGUAUUGUUUUUGCAGACAUUACUGUAGUAUUUACUAAGUGUUUUAGUUUUAUUAUCUUUGACAUAGAACUGGUGGGCUUUCUCCUUGAGGAAACCUACUGGACAAAUACUAAAAGAGAAAAUGUUCCAUAACCUUUAGGACUGUAAUCUGAAUGGAUAGUUCAUCGCUUCUGCUCUUUUCUAUAACCUGUAGGGAACACAAUAUAUAGUCUAUACUUGGCAUGUAGGUUUCUCACUCAUGGGUGGCACAAAUUGGGAUAUGGGGGAUGGGAAUGGAUGGGGUAUAUGCAAAAGGUAUACUGUAGUAUUACUAUAGUUUUAAAAAACUGUGGUGUUUUUGUGGACACUAGUGUUUUGCGGACAUUACUGUAGUAUUUACUACAGAGUUUUUUUGCGGAUAAAACUGUAGUAUUCUAAACAGUAUACUACUAAAUUAUAUAGUAAGUACUACACAUGAUCGAGUGAUACUACAGUGUGUAGUAUAUUAUUUUACAGUAUUCUACAGUAUACUACAAUAUUAUAAUGUAAGAACUACACGAUCGAGGGAUACUACAGUGUGUAGAAUAGUAUUCUAUAGUAUACUACACAUUUCUAUAGUAAGUACUACACAUAAUCAAGGGAUACUACAGUGUGGAGUAUAGUAUUCUACAGUAUACUACAAUAUUCUAUAGUAAGAAGUACACGGUCGAGGGAUACUACAGUGUUGAGUAUAGUAUUCUACAGUGUCCUACAGUUUACUACAGAAUUCUAUAGUAAGGACUAUAGUAUUCUAUAGUAAACUGUAGUAUUUUGUCAUGUGGGGAAGUGUGUAGGGAAAGGAAAUGAGAGGAGAGCAGAGAGGAAGGAAGAAGGGAAGGUGCACCCAGGCCAUUGAGGAGUGAUGGUAUUUACGCCUCGCAUCGCUGCACCCAAUUACCAUAAUUCAUGCAGUGUUAAAGAAGCUGGCAUUGAAAACAGAGCAGGUCAACCUGGCCCGGGUGUGCAAAGCUGUCAUCAAGGCAAAGCGUUGCUACUUUGAACAAUCUCAAAUAUAUAUAUAUAUUUUUUUUUUUAUGGUUACUACAUGAUUCCAUAUGUGUUAUUUCAUAGUUUUGAUGUCUUCACUAUUAUUCUACAAUGUAUAAAAUAGUAAAAAUAGAGAUAAACUUUUGAGUGGAACUGUAAGUAACAGUAAAAUUGUAUUAUGGUCACAUCGCUGGUAUACAAAUUAAGAGAUAUAUAAAUGAAGAUAUACACUGGUGACAUCAAAGUCUCUCUUAUAUUGUGGAUGCUUGUGAGCAGGUAGUUGUCACUGUGGUAACUGACACCUCCCACACAUCUCCCAUGUCUCCCUGUUGCUGUGUUUGCAUGAAUGAUGUCACCUCACCUCACCAUGCAAACACACCAGACUACUGUAUUCAUGUCGCGUGUGGCACUUUGUCUGUCUACAAAUGGCUAAUUUGAAUACCAUGAGCUAAUCACAUGGUUAUGUAAUGUAAUAUUUAUGUGUCUCCCCUCCCAACCUUCUCUUUCAUUGUUCUGUUUCAUCCAGAGUACUGUAUGGAGUGUGACACAGGAUUUAUACUGAGUGUCUUGCCAUGAUAAGAAGUUAGACUUCCAGCAAUUAGCUGCAGAGAUCUUGGAUGAAUUUCAACAUACCCACAGUGACUCCCCCUCCCAUCUUGUCUCUCUCUAUUUAGAUAGGACCUCUCUGGAGCUAAAUCAGGGAGCAGGCCUGCCCCCUGCUGGGAAUGAGACCACACUGCUCACUAAUAAUUGAUCUACAAGUGUUCAAUUCAUACAGCACUCAUUAACUUAUUCUCUUUUUCUCUUUCUCACUUCUUUCUCUCCUCUUCUCGCAGAGAACACAGCGAGCACUGCUUCUAUCUCUCCUCCUCACCCAGAGAACAACAGUGCCUCCCUCCUUCCCUCCUUCCUCUCUGCUUUAUUACUCCUGGUGCCCCUGGUUGCCGCGGUUGCCGGAGUGUUGCUAUGGAGACAGAAAGACAUUUCUCGCCGCGGUGAGUCUUCCAGCGUUUUCUUUUUUGACAUCCCUACCUCCUUCGUGUUCUCUCCAUUUCUGGACCUGUCAACUCCAGUGAGUGAUCUGGGGCAUGACAUACAGUACUAUCAGGUCGAUGCAAUGAAUCUGGCAGUCUGCCUCUCACUGUGUGUGUGUGUGUGUGUGUGUGUGUGUGUGUGUGUGUGUGUGUCUGUUUCUCCACAGGUAUUGAACAGUCUCUCUCCCACUACUCUGGGGAAGUGGAGAAUAUCUAUGAGAAUCCUGAGGAUGUCAGACAGGUGAUGGAUUCAUGCCUUCUCUGUGAUGGAUCUCUGUUCUCUUCUCCCUCUCUCUCUCCUCCUGUUUCCCCACCAUUUAAUUUCCUGUCUCUGGCCCUCUGUUUCUGUCUCUCUCUUCUUCUCUCUUUGUUUUCCCGCUUCUUCUUCUUUACCCCUCAUCAAACUCCCUGCCUCUCCCUUUCUCUAUAUUUCACUACCCACCCUGUCUAUCCCCCCCUCUCUUUCUCCCUCUCUUUCUCUCACACUCUGUGUGGUUAUUAAACACUAUUUUCUCUCCUGUCUCCCUAUAGACUUCUCCCCAGGGUUCAGUGUACAUGGUGAGUUAUUGUGUUCUGUUCUCAGGAUCGCAGACACAGAGGUGUUCCCCUGAGUUUGUGUGUGCGUGGGGAGGGGAGGUUGUAGUGCCCUCCCUUGCUAGUCUUUCCGUGUGUGUGUGUGUGUGUGUGUGUGUGUGUGUGUGUGUGUGUGUGUGUGUGUGUGUGUGUGUGUGUGUGUGUGUGUGUGUGUGUGUGUGUGUGUGUGUGUGUGUGUGUGUGUGCGUGCGUGCGUGCGUGCGUGCGUGCGUGCGUGCGUGCGUGCGUGCGUGUGUGCGUGUGCGUGUGUGCGUGUGUGUGUCUCCCUCUGCUGUCAGCAGAUAUGUCUUCCCACACCCCCCUCCCCUCCCAUCAGUCCUGUGGUUCAGAUAAACCCAUCAGUUCUUAACUGUCAGCCUUACAUUAGUGAUAUUAACAAAUCAAUUGCAUCACACCCAGAAGGACGCCUUUAAAUGUGCUCUCCCUUCCUCCCCCUCACUCCCUUCUCCUUCUCCCCCCUCUCUCCUUUUCUCUCCUUCUCCUCCCCUCCUCUCUCUCGCUGUAUUAUGCCCUUCUCCCUUCUCUUUCCCUUCUCUCUCUCUCUCUCCUCUUCUUUUCAGGACCUGAAGCCCAGAGGGGAGGAUGAUGUCUAUAAGGAAUUGGAGGGGUAAGAAUUAAAGAGCCCUGGGUCAUGCGUGGUGUGUUUGUGUGUGUGUACGGUUCUGUCACAAUUUCCCAUCUGCCGUUCACAGGCCCUCUCACCCCCACCAAUCAUGUUGCUCUGAACAUCACUAUGACACUGUCAACCUGCCGCUGCAUGUCGGUAACAUAAUUUCACACAAUGCACUGACAGUGAAGUGUGUGUGUGGUUUUGGGUGCGACGUGCAGCACGUCAUGCAUUGGUGCAUACGUUUGUGUGUGUGUGUACCUGUGUGUGUCUGUGUGGUUUAAGAGUGUGUUCUCCUUUUAGAUACGAAUCUUGAAGCCUUUGG